AUGCGCUGCAGCAUUCAGUGCUGCAGGCUGCGCUGCCGGCACAUAGUGACUUGGCACGCUGGCAAGAGUCGGCUGCUGCUGGUGUGGGCUGCUGCUGCGGUGGCGCCUGCUGCUGCUGUGACGCCUGCUGCUGCUGCUGCUGCUGCAGCGGGGGGCGGCGCCCACGCCUGCACCCGCCUGCUGUACACUCUCCGCGGCCACGAACGGCCCCUGCUGCGGGUCCGGCAGCAAACAGAUUGGAGAGAUAUGCAUGAGUACUUUAUAGCUUCUUUGGAUGCUGGAGGCACAGUAAGGGUGUGGCAUUCUGCUGCUUUCCCCCCGAAGGAAACAGCAGCAGCAGCAGCAGCAGCAGCUGCAGCAAGGGCCACGGAAAGCGACCCAGACAUCGCCGCGGCGUGGCAGCAGCGGCUGCAGGAGCUGGAGAUCCAGCAGCAGCAGCAGCAGCUGCGCAGGCAGCAGCAGCAGCAGCAGUACCAGGGGGGGCUUUGGGGCGAAGUGCAACUCAGCAGCAGGGCCUCCUCCGUGGCAGAAGAAGCAGAAGAUGCAGCAGCAGAUGCUGCUGCAGUCGGGUGUAUAGCCAUCAUACCUUCCAUGGACUCUUACUGGAUACACCGCAUUUCUCUUUCUUCCCACGGGCUGCUGACACUCUGCCGCCCCACGCAGCAGCUGCCGCAGCAGCAGCAGCAGCAGCUGCUACUGCUGUGGGCGCUGCAUGCGCCCUCCAUUUCCUCCAUGCGCGCGAAGCGCCACAGGACGCCGCAGCAGCAGCAGCUGCUGCUGCAGCAGCGCGAACAGUGCUCCAAUGACCCCCACGCACUUUGGAAGCAAAUGCUGUCUUCCUGGCAGCGCAGCAGCAAAUACUCAGAGCCCUGCAGCUUCAUGCGCAAA